AUGGGGUCUGUGUGUUUUUGGAGGGGGGUGAGGUCCUUCCUUCUGCUCCUGAACACAUUAAGCUGGACGUGGACAGACGCGCUCGAACCCGCGCCCAGGAUAAACGGGCACAAACACUCCAAGGUCACGGUGCAGGAAAACGUCACUCACAACUUCGACUGCCAAUCAGAGGGCUGGAACUCUCAGUCCCCUCCCCUGCUGACCUGGUACCUGAACGGCGAGAGGCAGAGCGAGGUGACGGGCAGCCGAGGGGUCGGGCGGCUGGUGAUGAACUCUCCGGACGACCGCGGUACCCUCAGGUACAGUUCGGAGAGGAACAGCACCUUCACUCUGAGGCCCCGGAAGUGGGACCGGGAGCUGGUGUGCGCCGCCGCCAACCCGGGAGGUGGACAGAGCUACAACGCCACCGUCGUCCUCAACGUUCAGUUUCAGCCGGAGAUCCUGCGAGUAAACGCUCACUACAGCGAGACCUCUGACCCCGGCCUCUCCCUGGUCCUCUUCGCUCUGGUCCGCUCCAACCCCCCCGCCACCAUCACCUGGGUGGAUCAUUCCGGUCAGCUGGUGGCCAACACCUCGGACUUCCUCAUCCUGGACUCGCGGAGCUACCCCUGGCUGGCCAAUCACAGCCUGCAGGUCAUGCUCAGCAGCGUCCCGGGAAACGUCUCGGUCAGCGUGAAUAACAGUCUCGGCUCCGCCCACACUAACCUCACCCUGUCAGAGUUCCUGCAGUCGCGGGUGGAGGUGCCGGUGCUCGGGAUCGUCACGGGCGGGGUCGCAGGCUUCGUCACCCUCCUCAUCCUCACCCUGAUGGUUCUCUGUCUUCUGCACAAGGAUAAAAGCAAAGUCCUCGAGGAACCCGUGGCGAUCGCAAUGACCCGCAAACGUAACGACUCGGACAGGGUGCAGGUGAACGGAAUCUACCUGCCGCGAGAAAACAUGUCGCUGCCCUCCAACGUCCCGCUCAACGAGCACAGCUCUCUCUGCAAAGGACCGCCUCCGACCUCCAAGCAGAGCACGCUAACACGGAAGCCCGGAGAGCCGGACGAGGAAGAGGACCUCUCGUUGGCUUACGCGGCCAGAGGUUUCGCUCGAUACCCCAUGGUCGGUUACAUCUACAAAGUGAGCAGCACGAGCAGUGACGAGAUCUGGCUCUGACCGACCGGGACGCGAACACACGCCCAUCCCUCCCGGAAACGUUCAUGCGUCACAUCCGAACAUCACAUCCGAAAACACCCGAGUGCAUUAACACGGAGGUUCUACGUUCCUGCGGUACCAGAUCUCACGCUUCACGUUGUCCAGUGGAUUUUAUAACACGACUGCAGGGAUUUGCUUCGAUUCCGCUGUAAGAGCAUCUGCAAGGUGAAGUGUGGCUCUUACUUUCACAUCUGUGGGAACUCAAACUGCAAAACAAACAGCGCUGAUUAUCGUUCCUCCUCCACCAUGCUUUACAGACGGCUUAUGGUUAUUUAC